AUGCGUGCGCGUGGACAAAACCUGGGGAAAUUCUUUCCAUCUCCUCUCCUUUCUUGCUCGAGCUCCCUCCCCAAGCACUGCCGGGGCUGCAUUGCCCCUGCUUCUUUCUCCCUAGGCCGGUGGAAGCAGGGAGAAAGUUGGGCGCCGCUCGGAGCGCCUCUUCUCCCGCUGUGUGUGUACGUGUGCACGCUCACGUCUCCCCGGCGCCGGGGCCGGGGACAGGAACUGCUCCGGGCAUCGUCAGUCCGACGGCGCAGCUCUGGGGGCUCGCAGGGCUGGAGGAGGGCGGGGACGCGAGCGCUGAGGCCGAGUGCCCUGCGGCACUUACCCCGGAUUGUUGCGUCCUCGCCCCUCCCCCGCCGCCUCCACCCUCCUCCUGGAGAACAGGACGCGGAUUUGGAAUGCGUGCGCGGUGACCAGUGCAGACCUCCGCCUCGGCAGGGAGAAAUGGAGGCUUCGGGCCCCCGCCGCUCCCCAAAGAACCGCAGAUUGCUGUGGGCUGAUUUUUACGGCCUCUGUUCCACCAUUGCAGCCUGUGACUCCGAGGUGCAAACUCGGCCAGCCCAGAGAGCCUUAUGGGGAAGUCUUUCCUCCUGCUUUGGAGGGAAAGAAACGGAGGUCUCGCCAACACCGCUGAUUCGCCUGAAGUCACACAGCUUGUCUGAGGAGAAGCAGGGGUUUGCACUCAGGUGCCUUGAGCUUUUCCCUGUCCCCGUUUCUUCCCUGUUGGCUUUACCGGGAGAAUCACCCUCUGACAACGUUUCUGAGAGGGCGUUUGAAAUGGGCUCAGCGUCGCGUCUGACUGUGGCCUCUGCACCUUAAGAGGAACAAAGAGAAUUUCCAAAGUGGUCAAGUAAGUUACAAAGGAAACCUGGAGAAUAAAUGAUCUCUGAGGAAUGUUUAGAGGAACUAGGAUGAUUUCAUUUGGAGAAGGCUGAUUAUAUAAUGGGUCUUCAGGUUUAUGAAAGAUUGUUAGAGACGGUGGCCACCAGCUGUUCCUCAUCUCCACUCUGGACCGGAGAGGAGGAAAUUGGCUUAAGCCGCAGCCUGAGGGUGUCUAUAUGGAAGAAUUUCCUGACGCUGGAAUGGGCAGGAAAAAAAAAAAGCAGGCCCUUUUUCUGAGGACACCAAAUGGAGACCAGAGUCGUCUCGGUGUGUGUGGGCUUUUUAGCAGCCAAUUAAUCGGGCUCACUGGGCGUGUGCCUUGGGAUUUUGUCUCUAGAAGCUCUCCGGGUUGCAGGGGAACGUUGCAGGACCCUCUCUGACAA